AUGCGAUACGAUUCCGCGCCAAACGAGACGAAAGAAUCCCUCGACUUGGGUCUCCAGGGCGGCGCGAGGCGCACAACGAGUUGUCGAUCCAACCGACAAUCCUCUGGGGCGGCCUGGAUCACUGAGAGCCGUGCUUCAAACUGGCUGAAUCCUGGGCCGCUGCCUCGUACACAGCCCGGCCACUUACAGAGGCGGAUCGGUGACCUGCCCCCUCAUAGCAGGGAAUCCAAGACGGCCCUUGAUAUCGCUGGAACGGCGUACACUCGACUCGGUGGCGGCGGCAAAUAUCCUUUCCCUCAAUGGGUCUGGUCCUACUCCGGCGGCUGGUGGGGCCUGCCCAAGCAAUGGAAGUCUAACAGUGUCAUCACAGCGACCGCCAUGGUUGCUGCUACUGGUGUUGUUUUCAACUUCUCGGCUGGCCGUGAGAUUCGCCAUCACUAUCCUGAGAAGUGGAUCCCUUCGAUGCUCUGGUCCCGAGACUUCCAUGAUCCCGAGUUUGUUGCUGUCUGGAAGAAGCAGCUGGAGAAGGAGGGACGAGAAUGGAUUGAGCCCAUCCCAGACUGGUGGCCGUUCAAAAAGUCCGCAAAGAGCACCCAAGCUUAG